AUGCCAAGUCGCCAAAAGAAAGUAAUAUUUUGUUUAGCCGGAGUGUUGAGUUUUGCGUGUGUCCUGGUCGUUGCAGCUGCGAUGGGAACUCCUUUUUGGGUGAAGGGAACCGUUCUGUGCAAAACUGGCGCUCAGUUGGUCAACGCCACUGGAUCCGAGCUGGAAAAAUUUGUCGGCAAGAUUAGCUACGGUCUUUUCCACGGACAAAGGCUGAAGCAGUGCGGGCUAGGCGGGAGACCCUUCCGGUUCUCCUUUUUUCCUGACCUUUUGGACGCAAUCCCGGCGAGUCUCCAUGUCAGCGUGAUCCUCUUCUGCUCCGUGCUCAUCGUCUUCUCCUCCGUGGCAUCGUCAUUUUUCAUGUACAACGCCUUCGGCAGUCCCUAUGAGACGCUGCAGGGGCCCCUUGGCCUUUACCUAUGGAACUUCAUCUGCUGUUUCUGCAGCUGCCUGGUGAUGAUCCUCUUUGCCUCGGAGGUGAGGCUUCACCGCCUGUCGGAGAAGAUCUCCAACUACAACGAGGGCAGCUUUGUGUACAAGACGCACACGGAGCAGUUUGACCGCUCCUUCUGGAUCAUCCUCUUCACCUUCCUCGCCCACGGCCUCAACAUCCUCCUCAUCCGCGUGGCUGGAAUCCAGUUUCCCUUCCAGGAGGCCAAAGAGGCGGACGUGAACGUGGGAGCCUCGGAUCUCAUGUACUGA